GAAUCCAGAUGAUGAUCCGAUCUAGGGCCGCCGUCUCUGUUUGGUUUUCUCUGCACUCAUUAAUAUUCUUGCUUUCAAUAUCGUUAACUCCUCGUGAAGCUUCGAGUUCGAAUCCAAUCAUCUCUUCUGCAAAAGUGAAGCAGGUCUCAUGGAAACCCAGAGCAUUUGUGUAUGAAGGUUUCCUUACCGACGAAGAAUGUGAUCAUUUAAUAUCCAUUGCGAAAUCGGAGCUCAAGAGGUCGGCUGUUGCAGAUAACUUGUCAGGGAAAAGCAAGCUCAGCGAAGUUCGAACUAGCUCGGGAAUGUUCAUCAGCAAAGGAAAGGAUGCCAUUAUUUCUGGUAUUGAGGACAAGAUUGCAGCAUGGACUUUUCUUCCUAAAGAGAAUGGAGAAGACAUUCAAGUACUGCGGUAUGAGCAUGGGCAGAAAUAUGAUCCACACUAUGAUUACUUCGCCGAUAAGGUUAAUAUUGCUAGGGGUGGGCACCGUGUUGCCACUGUGCUUAUGUACCUAACGGAUGUUGAAAAAGGUGGUGAAACAGUGUUUCCAGAAGCUGAGGAGUCUUCACAUCGUGGAUCAUCUUCAAAAGAUGAUUUAUCAGAUUGCGCAAAGAAGGGAAUUGCAGUAAAACCUCGAAGAGGGAAUGCCCUUCUGUUCUUCAGUCUCCUUCCAAAUGCUAUUCCGGACCAGAGCAGUCUCCAUGCAGGAUGCCCAGUAAUUGAAGGUGAGAAAUGGUCUGCGACAAAGUGGAUACAUGUGGACUCCUUUGAAAAGAACUUGGGAACUGGUGGGAAUUGCACAGAUGAAAAUGAAAAUUGUCAGAGGUGGGCUGCUCUUGGAGAAUGCACAAAGAACCCAGAGUAUAUGGUUGGAUCUCCAGAUCUUCCAGGUUCUUGUAGGAGGAGUUGUAAAGUGUGCUAGGCAUAUUUAACUUACUAUUACUGCAUGGAAUCAUUUGCUUUAUACAGUCAUUCUUAGCUUUCAUGGUGUGUCAUAAUGUGGCUGGAUUGAGUUCACUUUGUUGUAAAAAAAUUUCAGUGAUAAUUAUUCUUUUGUUUUGG